AAUCGCUGAGUUCUACCUCGUUGGAAUCAAACGGCUUUUAGCUGCGUGCCGUUCUGUCGACGGACUGCGCAAAACACGAAGCAGAUAUUUCUUACAAUCAGCGUAGAUCGAAACGGCAAGUAAGAUUCAUUGCCUUCUCAUUGUCGGAGAAGGAAAGAACGCAGUAGCAGACCUUGAGUUUCAUUUCUCUCAAAUAUUUACUGUGAAAUGAAAUUACUGUACGAGCGAUGGAUCUUGGAGUAUUCUGACUGAAUUUCGUAAUCCCUGAAUACCGACACUGAUAUUCAAUAUUUACCGCAACAGAGAAGACCGCCUCAACUUGUUCUUGUGCAUGACAGAGACGACGGCAAUCUUUGCUGUGAUGGCAUUUAUCUUCAUCUGUCAUAUCGACGAAGACCGCCUUCGAGCAUUGAUAACCGAAAUGACGACGUUCGUGAGUAAUGCUACGGAUCAAGAAUUAGCUGUGAUUCGGUUCUACGUGAGAAAGUGUUCAUUACUCCAUACAAUGGUUAUCAUACUUAUCGUUCUCGGUGGGAUUGUGUACUUUUUGUCACCCAUUGUUCUACCUCAGCCCUUACCGCUCAAGACCGCAUACCCGUUUUCAACGGAGCCAUUUUGGAUUUGGGCUCUUCUGUACGGCACACAUGUUUUCACUUGUCUCCAAGUUGUAUCCGCAUUGUGUAUGAACCUGAUCUUCGUUGUUUUAACCUGGUUCGCCGCUGCCAGAUUUGAUAUCCUGAACACGGAAAUCGAAAGGGCAAGCAACCUGAAUGAAGUCAACAGAUGUGUUCGACUUCACCAAGAAUCGCUAAAGUAUGCGAGCAGACUGUCGAAGACUGUGGGUCGUAUGGCUUUAGCGGUGGCCGCAUCGAACUUCGCUGCAGUUAUGUUUGGAGGAGUCGUGAUCACUUUUAUAAGAUUGAUUUGUAACGGAUAAAAGUAAUAUGGUUCGAAACGUUGGGUGCCUAUUAUCCGUGCAAUCAGUCAAAAUUUUUCAAUUUUAUUUUGCAUUUCAUGUCAAUACAGAGGCAAUCUUAC